CCGAAAUUUGCAUGAUUAAAUAAUAACCAAGAAGAUUUGGAAAUUAGCAUGUGAUUAGCUCGCAAAUGAAAAUAUAGUUAUUUAAUUUAUUUCUGGCAUAAAUGGACCCAACCAUAAAAACAGAGCCUCAUCGUCUUCACUUUCUUUCAUAUCCAUUAUUAUCCAUAGUGUGAGAGAGAGAGAGAAACAAUGGAGGGCAAGGAAGAGGAUGUGAAUGUGGGAGCCAACAAGUUCCCGGAGAGGCAGCCGAUCGGUACGGCGGCGCAGACGGAUAGCAAAGACUACAAGGAACCACCUCCGGCGCCGUUUUUCGAGCCCGGCGAGCUCAAGUCGUGGUCUUUCUACAGAGCCGGCAUCGCCGAGUUCAUCGCCACUUUCCUUUUCCUCUACAUCACCGUUUUGACAGUCAUGGGCGUCAAGAGAUCUCCAAACAUGUGCGCCUCCGUCGGAAUCCAAGGCAUCGCUUGGGCUUUCGGCGGCAUGAUCUUCGCACUCGUCUACUGUACUGCCGGAAUCUCAGUGAUGCAGUGCCUUGGAGCCAUCUGUGGUGCUGGUGUGGUCAAGGGGUUUCAGUCAGGACCAUACCAAGCGAAUGGCGGUGGAGCCAACGUGGUGGCUCAUGGCUACACGAAAGGUUCAGGUCUCGGUGCAGAGAUUAUAGGAACUUUUGUUCUUGUCUACACUGUUUUCUCAGCUACCGAUGCCAAGAGAAGUGCCAGAGACUCCCAUGUCCCUAUCUUGGCUCCGCUUCCGAUUGGGUUUGCUGUCUUCUUGGUGCACUUGGCCACCAUUCCAAUCACUGGAACCGGAAUUAACCCGGCCAGGAGUCUCGGAGCUGCCAUCAUCUACAACAAGGAUCAUGCUUGGGAAGACCAUUGGAUCUUCUGGGUCGGUCCAUUCAUUGGUGCUGCUCUUGCUGCUCUGUACCAUCAGAUAGUCAUCAGAGCCAUUCCUUUCAAGUCUAAGGCAUAGACCUAUGCACGUAUUCUCUGAUCAUAUCAUCAUCAAGCUUAAGAAAUGUAUCAAAUCUUUUUAUUCUAUGUGCAUUCCUCUCGUCUCUUGUGUGAUUCUACCUUAAUCUGCCACUGUAGUUCCAUCUUGUAACAUUGUAUAUGUGUAAUUUAUCUUGUAACAUUGGAAUUGUAUCUUGUUACAUUGUAUUGUGUAUGUGCAAGUAAUUAUGUCAAUGAAAUUGUAUCUUGUUAGACUACAUUUUGUACAUGGUGCAAGCUCAGGAUCUUGUUUGUAUAUCAUUGACACGAUAUGGAACUGGACAUAUGUAUGCUAAUACCGUAGAAAUUAAACAUACGC